GGAUAAUAUUUCUCACUUCAGCAGCGAAGCGGUGAAAUGUGACGUUUAGUGUCACGUGAUGAAGGCGGAAGCGAGCACCGAGUGAAAGCUCCACCACAAACUUCAGCUAAAGUAUUUUGUUGAUGAUGGAUGUCUUACGGCCGGUACUCAUUAACAUCAACGGGAGAAUUUACAGAAAAAAUCCUAUUCAAGAGGAAGAUUAUGAAGAAGAAGAGGAAGAAGAUUAUUCAUACUCACAAACAGCCGUUGAGCAGUGUCUGGAUGAACCCUGUGAUGCUCACGUCAUAGAACAGACAGAGAAAGGCUUCCGCUGUGCCAUAGACGUGCCAAGUGUCCUUUAUAAGUAUAUUAUCGGAAAGAAAGGAGAGACAAGGAAGCGUCUGGAAUCAGAGACGAAAACUUCGAUCAGUAUACCCAAACAGGGUGUAGAGGGACAAAUCGUGGUCACAGGUGCGCAGCGGGCCGCUGUGGUCUCCGCUGUAACACGCGUUGAGGUUUUGAUUGACAGCUUUCGAAGGAAGCAGCCGUUCACCCACUUUCUGUCUUUGGCACUGAAUCAUCCUCGGGUGCAGGAGGGGUUUGUGCGCUUCAGCGAGGAGGUGCUGGAACGCUGCCGACAGGACGCUGGGGUGGAGGGCAGUAUUUUUCAGAACCCGGCUAAACUCCACCUCACCAUCGGUACUCUGGUCCUGCUGAACGAACAGGAAGUGACACGUGCGAGCGAGCUGCUUCAACAGUGUCAAGAGACCAUCAGAGACAUCACAGAAGGAAAAGCUCUUGCUGUUGAGGUCAGAGGAAUCGAGUACAUGAACGACGACCCAUCCAUGGUGGACGUUCUCUAUGCGAAAGUAUCCGCGAAAGACGGAUCAAAGAAACUGCAGCAGAUAGCCGACAGGCUGGUGGAGUGUUUCGUGUCAGCUGGUCUGAUGGAACGCGAGUGGGAUCAAGUAAAGAUUCACGGCACAGUGAUGAACACCCUCUUCCGGAAAGAUCCGUCAGCUGAGGCUAAAAGAACUCAAGGGAAACUGAAUGGUAAAGAUCGUGAAGCUUUUGAUGCAAGAAACAUCUUAAAGGAGUUUGGCGAGUUUUAUUUUGGAGCGUUUGAUCUGAAGUGUGUUCAUCUGUCUCAGAGAUUCUCCACAGACUGUACGGGAUAUUAUUCCUCUGCAGGACAAAUCACAUUCACCUGAUGGAAACAUUACACACACUAAAUACACUUCUCUGCAAAACUAAACGUAUACACAAAACAUAUAUAAUAUGAAUAUUUAAAUAAUAAACUUUUUUUCCUGAA